AUGAAAAGCGUCAAGUUUCCUCCGUUUGCUCCAAUUGGCUCCAUGCAAGUUCAAGAUGAUUCUAAACUAGACGAGAUUAAAGCGAAUUCGCAUUCGUUUGCCCUUCAGAAUCAUGACAUAACUGUGGAUCAUGACGAUCUUUUCCAAAUAAUGGAAGAACGAAUGAAGCGAGAAGAGUGUAUUUUGUCUACAAGCCCUCACAAAAAGGUAGUUAAUGCAAUUCGCUAUGCCAAAGCUAUCAACUCAUCACUGAAUUCAAGUCUGGAAAAAACCUUGGGCUUGCUUCAUCGAGAGUUUGAGAAGGAAUUUCGUCGUAUCGUCGAGGUACAACAAACAGCUCUUGGGGAGUUUCCGGAGCUUGAAAGGUAUUUUCGUUCAACUUUUUCAGGUGUUACAAAUAAACAGUUUCGAAGAAGACUUAGCGAAGCUUUGUCAAGUAAAAGGAGGACAGAGGAGUUUAAACGAACCCGAACCCGUUUGUCUUUACCAAGUUUAUCACCCGUUGAGCCUAUAAGUCACGAAGACAACGUUUAUGUUCCGCUAUCUCGCUCUAAAAAGGACAGUGAGAUUGUGUAUCUUCCACCUAUAUGAUGGUGUAUUUUAUUCACUGAGAUUUGCUCUAUUUAUCUAUUUCUCGACUGUGUCACUCUUUUGCCACCAGUUCGGCUUGCAUCAUAAAAUCCUCAAGUGUGAGCACCUCGUGUAAUACUGUUUGUUAUGUGAGGUUGCACUAGCACAUGAUAUGACGUUUUAAUCGGAUGAAAUUCUGUGUAUCCAAUCAAGUGAACAGCUACUAAGCCGUUCUUUUCUGUCGUGCUUGCCAUUUUUUAAUGCUAUACGAAGUGGCUCCAUUUUGUUGAGUCUACGGAUGAAAUCCAACCCAGCAGUGAGAUCCUCUGGUAUUGUUUGUCCUGUGUGUACGAAGUGGUUCUCACUUUAGAAUCUGUGAAUAAAAUUAGAAAGUGU